AUGAGCUUUCUCGAUGUCGUGCAUCCAUACCUCAUGCGCAAGUACGUCGACGCAAAUGCUGUCAAGUGGACCAUGCAAGAAAUGCACGCCAAAGGAAUACGAUUUGAAACCUACGCAUACGGUCGAUACGCCACCGAUGUGACCUUCCAGCAGACAAACAUACCAGUCGGGUCGUAUGCGGAGAAGAAACUGUACUACAGUGGCAAGCACCAUUUGUACGGACACAAAGUCGAAGUCUCUGUGCUUCCCAAUGGAAUGGAAAUCAACUGCACAAGGCACUACAAAGGUAGUGUGGCUGACAAGACGAUUUUUGAUGAGAACAUCGAGUUCCAUCGUACCAACCUUUCGAAACGUCCGAGCGAAUUCGACAUGUCCGACGAGACUGUGCCAGGCGAGCGACAUUCGCAGUGGGCUGUGCUGGCGGACAAAGGUUAUCAAGGGAUUCAACGAGAUGUGCGAGCGGUCAUACCUACGAGAAAGCCUGCUGGUGGAAUGUUGACGUUUGAGCAACAAGCAACGAAUGACCGGAUUGCGACGGAUCGGGUCGUUGUUGAGAACUUCUUCGGUCGAAUGAAGUCGUUGCGGGCUGUGUCAAGCGAUAUCUAUCGCUGGAGUCGUAAGAACUACGACAUCAUCUUUCAGACCUGUGUUGCUUUGACGAACGUGCACCUACGUUUCAAUCCACUCCGCGCAGAGGAUGGGGACGUGAAUGUCCAAUACGUCAAUCGUUUGAAUGCGAUUGGGUCGAAGAUGAUUAAAGACAAGAAGAAAGCGCAGGCCACGUACCGUGAGAAGCGCAGGACUAGGCUGUCGAUGUUUUUGGCAUCCGAGUCUGCCUUUGCUGCCGAUGCACAUGGAAGCGAAACCGAACUUGGUUCCGAUAGCAAUGAUGACUUUGGUGGAUCCUAUCUGUUCUAA